AUGGUGAAAUAUGUAAAGGGAUCCCCUCAAAGACUAGCCAUCUUCAAGUCUUGUGCGGAAAGGAAGACAGUUGGGUAUCAUGCUUCAUUGGUUCUUGAUGUUCCAACUCGAUGGAACUCUACUUAUAUGAUGUUGGAUGUGGCAGAAAAGUAUGAAAGUGCAUUUGAACUAAUGUUAGAUGAAGAUUUUAGUUUUGGGAACUACUUGUGUGAGGAUGGUGGAGGGAGAAGAGGGUUGGGGGUUCCGCUUGAUGAAGAUUGGAAAAAUGUUAGAAACUUUGCUAAAUUUUUGCAAGUGUUUUAUGAGGUGACAAUUGAGAUAUCGGGUUCCUCAUACUCGACUUCUAACAAUUAUUUCAAUAUACUCCAAAAUGUUUAUAAUACUUUGAUUGAGUAUUGUGAGAAUGAUGAUGAUUUGUUGAGUUCAAUGGCGAUCAGGAUAGAAAUAAAAUACGACAAGUAUUGGGAAGACUUUGAGAAAAUUAACCCCCUGUUGUUUGUUGCUGCUGUGCUUGAUCCGCGUUACAAAGUAAUUAUUUUAGAAUUUUGGUUCAAAAGUAAUGUAGUUGAAGAAAAAGCAGAGAGGAUUAUCAUCAAAUUGAAGAAUACAUUGGAGCAGUUGUAUAAUCACUAUGCUAAGAAUGUAACAAAUGUUGGAGGAAGUGGGGACAAGUCAAAUGAAGAGCAGAGUUGCGGAAAUUCAGCCUCAGUGGGUGCGGGUACUUCUACUACUUCUAGAAGUAAAAAAAAUGUUUUAACAGACUUCCAUUCAUUUCGGGCAUCCAAAAAUUUGGCAUUAUGUCGGAUAGAGAUAGAAAGAUAUUUUGCGGAAGAUGUUGAGUCACCAUGUAAAACUUUUGAUGCUUUGAUGUGGUGGAAGAUAAAUUCAUCAAAGUUUCCGGUUCUAGCUGAUGUUGCACGAGAUGUCUUGGCAAUUCCGAUCACCACUGUUGCUUCUGAGUCCGCAUUUAGCACUGGAGGUCGCGUCAUAGAUCAUUUUCGGAGUUCUUUAGCUCCGAAAACAGUGGAGGCUCUUAUAUGUACUCAAAAUUGGUUGAGAUCUUCUUGUGUCAGUGAGAAUGAUAAGUUAUAUCUUCCUACUUUUGAAGAUGAAGAUAGCUAUAAGCUUGACUCAGAAAUUAUGUCUAACUCCAUUACAUUUAACAAUGAGGCUUGA